AAGGAGAGAGGAGGAGGAGGAGGAGGAGGGAGUUGGGAGUUUUAAUGCUUGGGCUGUCCCACUGUGGACUGGUUUGACUCGUCACGGGGCCUCUUCGACAUACAAUGCAUGUCAGUGACAGAAAAUAGCGAGUGAUAAGCUAAAAUAGAAGCGAAAAUACAACUGGGAAAUAACUGAGGCUCCGCCACCCUCCAAACUACGCAGGAUGGGCGAGCGCGCAGACUCCGCGUUCAACACCACUGGAUCCAAGUGGCUGCUGCCUGUCAGUGGAUACUUGGGCUUUCCUCUUGAUCAGGUGAAUUUUUUGGCGUGCCAGCUGUUUGCCCUGGCUGCUGCUUUCUGGUUUCGCCUCUACCUCAGCCCCAGCCAUGCCAACCCCCUGGUCAGGCACGCUGUGGCCACUCUCCUUGGCGUUGCCUUUCUCAUCUUCUGCUUUGGAUGGUACGCAGCUCACAUCCUGACAGUGGUGGUCGCAAGCUACUUGAUUGUUGUCCAGGCUGACAUCAACAGUGUACACAGGUAUUCCAUGGUGAUGGCGAUGGGAUACCUGACAGUAUGCCAAGUAAGCAGAGUCUUCAUCUUUAACUAUGGGAUCCUGUCCACAGACUUCUCUGGGCCUCUGAUGAUAGUAACCCAGAAGAUCACCACACUGGCUUUCCAGCUCCAUGACGGUAUGUGUAAGAAAGCUGAACAACUGACCCCGGAGCAGAAGCUUCUGGCAGUAAAUGUGAGGCCCUCAUUCAUCGAGUACCUGAGUUACAAUCUCAACUUCCUGAGUGUGUUGGUGGGACCGUGCAGUAACUAUAAGGACUACAUAGACUUCAUAGAGGGCAGACACAUCGGCAAGAGGCUCAGGCAGCAUUCUGGGACUUGUAAUGGGCAGAAUGGCUACGAUAAGACACCAGAACCAUCACCUCUGCACGCUGUCUGUCGGAAACUGCUGGUCUGCUGCGGCUGUAUGUUCUUCUUCCUCACCGUGACUCGGUCCUUGCCGACAACAUACAACGUGAACCCCCACUUCGUCAGCAACGCCCCCUUCCUCACCAGGCUCACCUACGCUUUCUUCUCCAUUCAAGCCGCAAGACCUAAAUUCUACUUUGCCUGGACACUGGCUGAUGCUGUCAACAACGCCGCAGGUUAUGGUUUCUUGGGCAUGGAUGAAAAUGGAAAGCCAUCCUGGGACCUCAUCUGCAACCUCAACAUCUUGGGGAUUGAGACUGCAACCAGCUUCAAGACAUUCAUAGACAACUGGAAUAUUCGAACAGGAAUUUGGCUCAAAACGGUGUGUUAUGACCGAGCACCCAAGCACAGGUUGGCGUUGACCUUCAUCCUGUCUGCCCUGUGGCACGGUGUUUAUCCGGGGUACUAUUUCACCUUCAUCACUGCCAUCCCCAUCACCAUGGCAGCACGAGCUAUACGGAAGUCUGUUCGCCACUACUUCCUGGGCUAUAGAGGCUUGAAGCUGGGUUAUGACAUCUUAACCUGGGCAGCCACCCAGUUGGCCAUCUGCUACACUGUCAUGCCUUUUCUGCUUCUCGAUGUAGAGUCCACUUUGGUUUAUUACUGGUCCAUGUACUUCCACGUGCACAUCAUUAGCAUUCUGGCUGCGAUCGCCCUGCAUCAGGAACACAAACCCAGGGAACCCUCCACCGCCACUAAAAGUUUUUCCUCCGCCCAGUGCCAGCCUGUUCACUCCAACAACAAUGACAAAGUAGACUGAAAACCCCCUCCUCGCUUUCUUUUACCAGGCUCUCUGUCCAAGGCGUCCUCUCAGAGACAUCUGAGCAGACAACUUGCAAUGGGAAAAUACUGUGUUAUUUAUUUUCUGGGACAAGACAGAGCAAAGAGUUUGAUGCAGGCCUUCAACCUCUGGCGCUGGGGAGCUUUUCUGCCAUAUUGUAAGAUUAAGACAAUACAUCAAACAUAAGCUCAUCAGGCGGACUGCAAAGACGUUAGCUGAGUCCCUGGUUCCACCACCACCACCACCAUGUUGGCCUCCCUCCACCUGCCUCCUCUCUCCUCCACUGUUCCCCCCUCCAUCUCAACCCCAGUCUGCCUGCUCCAACAACAACGCAACAGUGUGAAGAGAGAGAGGAGGCUCACUUUCUGUCCUGUCCUCCUUCUGUGCAGAUCGGUGGGAUCGGAGCCAGCACAGUGGGAGAGCAGCUCAUAAACGGGGCGCAAAUACCAGGACACACACAAACACAUACACACACAAACACACACAUGCAUCAUGCACAAACAAGCAAGACACUUGGAAACAAAUAUGCGCAUACUUUCAUACUCGGUCACAGUUUGAUGGCAUACAAAGGCUGCCCUUGUGUGGCCACAACAAAAGAGCAUACCAAGAUGAGGGGGAGGCCUGUUUUUUUUUACUGUAUAUGUGUAUGAGCGAGCAGACAUUGUCACUGAAAAACUAUGGAGUGUGUCGGUGCAUCUCCCACUGUUAGUUAAUGCUGGUUUGGUCGAAACGACACUUGAAAUACCAAUUAGACCGCACAGCUCUCAAACUGUCCAGUGAGACCAUUACUAAUGAAGUCUUUGAAGGGGGGGGCAGCAGCUCCUCCUGGUGAGGAGGCUUUGCUGUUCUGUAGAGCAAGUAAACACUUUGUUAUAGCUCCUGUGGAUAAUCAUGGGCUUUCACUACACUCCCGUAAAAGUAAAGGAAAAGCUAACAAAUAGUUAAAAAAUACAUUAUGCAGCAGUAAAACAACAAACCCCUGUGUAUGUUGUUUUGCCUUGCACUAUUCUAACAAGUGAUGAAAUGGUGCAGUUACGAGCACACACUGACGCUGAGAGCUGAAAGGAAAAGCACAACAUUCUUAAUAAUUUGAUGAGCGCAGCCUGACUUUCACAGAGAAAUCUACUUUUCUGCUGAACUAGUAAGGAAUUAUAAUCACUUCUAAAAGAAAAAAUAGAUAGAUAGUGAACUAGUUUUUACUGUGUUUAGUAUUUACCAUUUUAACGGUGCUGGUUACCUGUUAUCAUGGUAUACAGUGAUUGAACAAAAUGCUGUGGUGAAACUGGGAGGAAAUACAUCUGAGGUUUCUCUUUAUGGAAUGAAACUGUGAAGAGUGUGACCAUGAAUAGGAAUUUUAUAAAUUGGAUGCAUUUCUCCUCAGCAGGAGCAGGGGGAUGCGUUUGCCCUGUGGUUCUUUUGUGAGAAGAGAACUCAGUUGAAAUCCGUUGAUUUACCGGAACUGAUCAGCAGCAGCAGGUUGAUUUAACAGAGACAUCUGCUGGUUGUUCGUAGUUUCUGAACUCUGCUGAAUUGAGUAAUGAAGGUAAGACAACUGGGACUGACUGAAUCUGCCAUGCUGCGGCACCUUCCAGUGCAACCUCGUACCAUGCAUGAGCAGAAAGCGUAUUUCUUUUCUGUCGCCAAAAUUCACAAUUUUCCUCACUUCACUAGCGUUUUUUAUUUUGCACAAUCAAAGUUGAUGAAUCUGCGGGCUGGUGCUUAUGAUCACAGAUCAGUUAAUCACGGUAAAAACAAAAAGGAUUCAUUCACAUUUGAAAUAUUAUUAAUGAUGUUCUGUCAUGUUUGGUCAUCACUCAUGCAAGGUUUGGGAGCACUAAGUUUUAGAAGUGACAUAGGCUUUGUUAUUAAUGGUGCUAUGUGCUGCUAGCUGACGUGUUAGCUUUCAGCUACAUUUAUGGGUUAUAAUAAAACUUGCUAACAGUGCCUGGUGAAGAAAAAUGAUAUAUACAAUGGCAUGGAAAUACAUAAGGUUGUUCCCUUACAUGCAUCGUAUGGGUUUCCUAAUGAAAAUACAGCUACACUGUUUUUGUUUAAUUGGGUUAGAGACACCAUCUCAUUGCAUUUUAUUACCUGCUUUGGAAUUUAAUCUCAACUUUUUGACUACCUGAAGAUGUGUAUUUUAGACACAUUAAUUCAACCCUGUAGUUCUUGAUAUUUAAAUCCUCUGAGUAGAGCCUGUUUUUAGAAGAAAAAAAACAGAGUAUUACAGUAGUUAUUUAUUUAUUUUUAUCUGGACAUGAAACCGACACUUCUUAACUUCGCUGUGACAACAACCUAGUUCACACACGUGUUGGCUGUAAUAGAGGGGGGAAUUAACACUACUUACAUAAAAAUUACCACAGGGGAAUUUUUAUAGAUUUUAAGGUAAAUAAGACGGAGGGGACAUGCACAAUAAGCUCUCCUGUCAUGGUUGAUUAGAACAAAUCUCCUGACUAAAUCUUUCACCUUUUGGGAGUAGAUAUGACGAGAUUUAAUGUUUAUUAUUGUAGUGUUUGAGUGCACAGUAGUACCUCUCUUGGAGUUAAUGAAGCAUCAGUAAUGACUGCUCUGGGGUCCUGUAGACCUGUUGACUCAGCAUCUUUUUGCAAGAGGCCUUUUUGCCUGCAACUAUACACAUUUUGGACCUGAGAGAAAAUGCUGGUGCUUCUUGCGGAGCGUAAUACAGUCGGCCCCCGUGGCAGCUACUUUCAAACGCUGACUGCACUCAAACUACUCAAGAGGUGCUGAAGAGCGGAAAAACUGCCAAGUAUUGCUUGGUAUAACAUAGAAUUGUUUUUGUGAGAGAAAGCCCAUAUUAACUGAAAUUUAUUGUUUUGUUUUGUUUGUUUGUUUUUUAUCAAUAACACGUCUGCAUGUGGCUAAUGUUUGAUGUGCAGGGAGAUGAGCGAUGAGUGGCACAUGUACAGUAUGAAUGUGUUCUCAGAAUGAGCAGCUGUUUGACUCACUGAUUGUGAAGAUGUUUUUUAUGUAUUUUUGCAGAUGUAUGUGUGAUCAAAUAUCCUGAGUGUGUGUGUGUGUGUGUGUGUGUGUGUGUGUGUGUGUGUGUGUGUGCGUGCGUGAUAUUUUCUUAUCAUCACUUCUCUCCAUUUUAGUAUUGUUUGUAUAGAGUAAGUGGUAUGAAACCUUUUGAAUAACAAAUAAAGCUUCAGUGAAACACAUUUUUGCAUAUCAAAGACUGAACUGCCUGAUGUGAAAAUGUAAUUAAUCAUCAUAUAAUUCAUAAUUAUAAGGAAUUAUAAGCUGAUGUAAAGACAAA